AGCGGCGGCGGAAGCGGCCGAGCGCUGCCGGAAGAGGCCGAGCGCAGCCGGAAGGAGCCGAGCGCUGGCGGAAGGAGCCGAAGCGGCGGCGGAAGGAGCCGAAGCGGCGGCGGAGGCAGCCGAGGCGCGGCCGGAAGGAGCCGAAGCGGCGGAGCGGGGCGGGCGAGCGGCGCCACACAAGAUGGCGGACGGGGAGGAGGUGACUCUGGACGGGCGGCCGCUCCAUCUGCUCCGCGUCGCCGACCUCAAGGCGGCCCUGGAGCAGCGCGGCUUGGCCAAGAGCGGCCAGAAGAGCGCCCUGGUCAAGCGGCUCCGCGGGGCGCUGAUGCUCGAGAAUCUCCAGAAGCACUCGACGCCCCACGCCACCUUCCAGCCCAACUCCCAGAUCGGUGAGGAGAUGAGCCAGAACAGCUUCAUCAAGCAGUACCUGGAGAAGCAGCAGGAGCUGCUGCAGCAGCGCCUGGAGCGGGAAGCGCGCGAGGCCGCCGAGCUGGAGGCCUCGGGGAGGAGCUGCCCCGCGUCGCGUGAGGGUGACGACUCGGACGAGGAAGGCGCCCGUCGGCAGGAGCGGCGCUCCGGCAGGGUCCGGCAGGCCCGAGCUGCCAAAGCCCCCGAAAGCGGCCCGGCCAGUGGCCGGGAGGAGCGGGAAACGCCGCCCCGAAGCCGCCGUGGGGCAGCCCGGCCCCCGCUGAAACCUGGCGAGGAGGAGGAGGAGGAGGAAGAAGAUGAGGAAGAAGAAGAGGAGGAAGAGGAGGAGGAGGAGGAAGAGGAAGAAGAAGAAGAGGAGGAGCAGCGAGCGGCUGUGGGGCCAGCCGGCCCCGAAGAGGGGGGCGCCGCCAGCCCCGCCGCCCCCCAAGCGCCGCCGCCCCCCUGCCCGGCCGCGGGGUCCCCGCCGGCCCCCCAGCAAGCAGAGCCGGCGGCCACCGCUGCGGCCGCUGCCACCGCCGCCCCCCCGGGGGUGCCCCCCGCCGCCACCUCCGCCCCCCAGGAUCCGGGCGAUCCCGGCGACCCGUCUCCCCGCCGAGAGCAGCCCGCGGCGGAGGCCGGGGCCUCGCCGUCGCCCCCGCGGCUCACGGAAGGGGCGGCGCCGCCGGCCCCCCACGGCGAGGAGGAGCCGCCGCCGCCGCUGCUCACCAAGGAGCCUCCCGCCGCCACCGCCGCCGCCGAGACGCCGGCGGCCCCGCGGGGCCGUUCGCCCUCGCCGCCCGCCCGCCGCCGCCGCCGCGCUUCCUCGGGCUCCUCCUCGGCCUCCGGCACCUCCGAGUCGGCCUCGCCGCCGCGCCGCCCCUCGCGCUCCCCGUCGGGCUCCCGCUCCAGCAGCGCCGGCAGCAGGAAGGGCGGCCUGGAGGGGCCCCAGGGCCCCGGGGGGGUCGUGUGCCCCCCGCCACAGCCGGACCCGGAGAGCGAGGAGCCGGCGGCGCCCAUGGAGCCGGGCCCCCCCGGGGCGGGCGCCAGCCCCCCACGGCCGCCCCCCGAGCGCCCCACGGACGCCGAGCGCCCGGAGGGCCCGGCCCAGCCCAAGGCCUUCAAGAGGAAGAUCUCCGUGGUCUCGGCCGCCAAGGGGGCGGCGUCGGGCAGCAGCGACACGGAGGGCGGCGGGGGGGGGCGGCGGCGGCGGGGGGGGGGCCGCAAGCGGCGCUGGGGGGCCUCCACCGCCUGCACCCAGAAGCGGCCCUCCAUCAGCAUCACCACCGAGUCCCUCAAGAGCCUGAUCCCGGAGAUGAAGGCGGGCGGCGGGCAGGAGGCCGUGGUGGACCUGCACGCCGACGACGGGCGCCUCUCGGAGGAGGAGGCCGAGCGGCCCGGAGAGCCGCCGGCGCCGGCGCCGUCGUCCUCGUCGUCCUCGUCGUCGGCCCGCGAGCCGCCGCUCAAGAUCUGCCGCACCGUGACCCAGGUGGUGCCGGCCGAGGGGCAGGAGAACGGGCAGGGCGAGGAGGAGGAGGACGACGAGGAGGAGGAGGAGGAGGAGGAGGAGAAGGCGGCCGCGGAGGAGCGGCCCGAGGCGCCGGCGCCGGCCGAGGUGGCCCUGCCCCCCCCCGCUGAGCACGAGGUCAAGAAAGUGACGCUGGGCGAGACGCGGACGCGGCGCUCCAUCAGCCAGCAGCGCCUGGGCGUCUCCGUCACCAUCGACGACCCCGUGCGGGCGGCCCAGGCGCCCUCGCCCCCCCGCGCCGCCCCCACCCCCAUCGUCCACGUCUGCAACCUGGUUCGUCCCUUCACGCUGGGGCAGCUGAAGGAGCUGCUGGGCCGCACGGGGCGGCUGCUCGACGACGGCUUCUGGAUCGACAAGAUCAAGUCGCACUGCUACGUCACGUACGCCUCGGUGGAGGAGGCCCUGUGCACCCGCAACGCUCUGCACGGCGUCAAGUGGCCCCAGUCGAACCCCAAGGUGCUGGCGGCCGAUUUCGCCCAGCAGGAGGAGCUGGACUUCCACCGGGGGCUGGGCCCGGAGCGGGCGGAGGGCGCGUCGGAGGAGGCGGGGCCGCGGGGGGCGGGGCGCGAGGCGGGCGGGGGCGGGGCCGGCGGGGGCCGCGCCCCCCGGGAGGCGGAGCGUGCCCAGUGGGCGGAGCGGGAGCGGGAGAUGGAGCGGCGGGAGCGGACGCGGGCGGAGCGCGAGUGGGACCGCGACAAGGGGCCGCCCCGCUCCCGCUCCCGCUCCCGCUCCCGCUCCGGCUCCGCCCCCCGCGAGCCCCGCCCCCGGCACCGCCCCCCGGACAAGGACCGCCCCCGCUCCCGCGAGCGGCGCCCCGACAAGAAAGAGAAGCCCCCCGAGGAGCCGCCGGCGAAGCUGCUGGACGACCUGUUCCGCAAGACCAAGGCGGCGCCCUGCAUCUAUUGGCUGCCGCUGACCGACACCCAGUUCGUGCAGAAGCAGGCGGAGCGGGCGGCGCGGGCGCGGGAGCGCGAGCGGCGCCGCAAGGAGCAGGAGGAGGAGGAGCAGCGGCAGCGCGGGCGGCAGCCCGAGCGCGACAAGGGCCGCCGCGACGGCGCCCACCACCACCACCACCACCACCACCACCACCACCACCGCCACCACCACCACGCGCCGCCGCCGCAGCCGCCGCCGCCGCCGCCGCCGCACCACCGCGACGGGCACCACCGCGCCGACGGCGCCGACGGUGCCCACCACCACCACCACCACCGCGCCGAUGCCGGCAGUCACCACCGCGAGCGGCCCGCCGCCGCCGCCGCCGCCGCCGCUACCACCGCCGCCGCCGGCACAACCGCCACAACCACCACAACCGCCGCCGGCACAACCGCCGCCACAACCACCGCCGGCACGACCGCCGCCGGCCCCGCGGCGCCCGCCGAGCGCGCCCGCCGCGACGCCAAGCGCCGCAGCCGCAGCCGCAGCCGCAGCACCCCCGUGCGGGACCGGGGCGGCCGGCGGUGAGACCCCCCCCCCUUGCCUCCCUGCCCCCCGAGCCGCCCCACGCCUGUGGGUCGCCGUCUCCUCCUCUUCCUUGUCGUCGUCGUCGUCUCCCCCCGCCACCCUCCUCCCCCCCCCCGCUGCCCCCUGCCCCCGCUCUGCCCCCCGGAACAGGUGGGGGUAAUAAAAUGGCCGCCGGCGUUUCUA